UCUGAAGAAUCAGAACAACUCUUCUUCUCUCUCGUCCCUCGCGAGUCUCUCUCUCUAUCUGUCUCUCAACCCACAGCCACUCGAGUCUCUCAACCACCGUAGCAAACUCUCAACAAUGUCCAGAUCUUCAAGUAUCUUUUUACCGUAACGGUUCCGACAGAUCUCACCACAACAUUAUUGUUAAGAGGAGGAAAUUCUUUAUCCAAGUUUCUGGGGUAACUUCUGAUAGAGGAUUCCUUUUCUAGCAGUGCAUCGCACGGGUCGCUAUCCUAGUCCUUCACAUUCACACUCUUUCUUCCUCCUUCCACAUUGCUUCACAAAUCCCAGUUCAAGAAAAACCAACCUAACGGUUGGACCUCCCGGUCCGACCAACCGGUUUCAACAACACUAACUCAUUCCACGCUACACUUCACUUCAAAACUCAUUUCAUUCAUGAUUCAACCCAAAUAUUAAAAUAAAAUAAAAAAAACAUGAUCACUCGAUUAUCAACGAAAUUCAUGAACAUAACCAUAUCCACAAUGUGCAAAUCAAACCAAAUCGCAAAAGCCGAAACCGUUUUAAUAGACGGAAUCAAAUUAGGACUAAACCCUGACAUUAUCACUUACAACACAUUAAUCGAUGGCUAUUGUCGUUUCGUCGGCAUCGACGCCGCUUACAACAUUCUCAACAGAAUGAAAGAAGCUGGAAUUAAUCCUGAUGUUGUUUCCUACAAUUCAUUAAGCUCUGGUGCGGUUCGAAAAUGUUUGUUACAAAAGUCACUCGAUCUGUUUGAUGAAAUGCUUCAAUCAGGAAUAAGGCCUGAUGUGUGGAGUUAUAAUAUUUUAAUGCAUUGUUAUUUUAGGUUAGGGAAACCAGAGGAAGCGAAUGGUGUUUUUCGGGAUAUUUUUGAGAGAGGGGAGAUUUAUCCAAGUAUGGCGAGUUAUAAUGUUAUGAUUAAUGGUUUGUGUAAGAAUGGUUAUGUGAAUAACGCGUUGAUGUUGUUUAGGAAUUUGCGGCGUCGUGGAUUUGUUCCAGAGGUUUUGACUUAUAAUGCGAUGAUUAAUGGGUUGUGUAAGGCAAGGAGGUUAGCGGAUGCAAGGAGGGUGCUGAAUGAGUUUUGUGAUUUUGGUUUUGAGCCGAAUGCGAUUACCUAUACCACGGUUAUGAAGUGUUGUUUUAGGUGUGGGAGGUUGGAGCAAGGGUUGGAGAUUUUGUCGGAGAUGAGGAGGAAAGGUUUUACGUUUGAUGGGUUUGCGUAUUGUACGGUGGUUGCUGCGUUGGUGAAAACGGGGAGGAUCGAAGAAGCGGAUGAGAUUGCUGAGAAGAUGAUGAGUAAUGGUUUGGUGCCGGAUCUUGCUUCUUAUAAUACAAUGAUAAAUUUGUUCUGCAGGCAAGGGAGGUUUGAUGAGGCGUUGAGGUUGGUGGAUGAGAUAGAGAAACAAGGAAUGAAAUGUGAUCAGUACACACACACGAUUAUAAUCCAUGGAUUAUGUAAGGAUGGCAAUUUUGAAGGUGCCGAGAAGCAUUUAGAUUACAUGAACACGUUGGGUUUUGGUUUUAAUUUGGUGGCAUUCAACUCUAUUCUUGAUUGUUUGGGUAAAGCUGGUGAUAUUGAUAAAGCAGUGAAGGUUUUUGAUUCUAUGGAGGUUAAAGAUUCGUUCACAUAUACUAGCUUGCUGCACAACCUUUGCAGGGCUAAGAAGUUCCGAAUUGCUUCCAAGCUUUUGGUUGCUUCUAUUGAAGAUGGCUUUCAGAUCUUAAGGGCUACUCAAAGAGCUGUUAUUGAUGGUCUCACUACCUCUGGUCUUGUCUAUGAAGCCAGAAAAGUUAAGUUGAAAAUCCAGCGGGCUCGAUUGGUGCAUUGAUUGCAUAGAAUUUGCUGUGCUGAACUUCGGGGUGUGCAACUGUGCGUUGAAAAAUUAGAAAUAUGUUGAGCUAACAAAAAAAUGACACUCUGAUUCUGAUACAUUAGUCCGGUGGUUUAAUCGUGGUAACUGACAUUCAAAGGGAGACUGUUAUCAUUAUGCCACAAGACAUUUGGUAAUUUACCGUUAAACUAGGCCAGCUGAUCUUUUGAUGUUUGGAUUGUUACAAUUUAUUGUUUAUAACGAGUUUGAUUUGUUACAAUUUAUUGUUUAUAAUGAGUUUUGAGCGAAGUAACUUUGCUUAAAGUGACUCUUAGAGUAACUUGAUCCCUUCAGUUGAGCCUUUGGUUCAAGUUUCUAAUAUCAGUCUUUGAAUUAAUGAUGUUAAUUGUUAAUAGCUCUAGCUUAUAUAUAUCAUCAUGUGGACAUAAAUCUUGACGAAUGAAGUAGACGGACACAGUUGAAAUUUGAGAAAAAGUGAAUUAGACGGACACAGUUGAAAUUUGAGAAUUAAGUAGUAGUACAUCAUGGCAUAGCCAUUUCCUGCAUAAUUUUUAAUUGUGCAUUUCAUAUGCUACUAGAUUUUCUUUCUUAAUAACACGCACUUACUAUAGUAUAAUUUGUGACAUUUUGAUUCUGUGUAGUGUGUAGUGUUUGUGUAUCAUAUCCUUUCCCUUUGUUGGUGCAACAAUUUUCUCUUGCCGUUAAGCUUUUCUCCUUCAUGUACAUGCUAGCUUUACUUUUAAGUUUAUCACCAUUAUUGGAUGUUCAUGUCUAUGUUAUGUUGUCCAGAACAUAUAGUUUACUUUGGAGAUAUUGGUUAUGAGAAUCUUGCUGCUCGUAGCUGUUUGCUGUUGUUUUCGAAAAAUGAUGAGUUGGAAGGGUAUUCCAUUCAUUAUGAUCAGUUUGGGGAAUCAAAAGGAACAGCAGAAGUUUUCUUUACUAGGGAGUCUGAUGCUCUAGCAGCCCUCAGGAGGUGCAACCAAAUGAAGCUUUAUGGAAAGACAUUGCAAAUUGAGCUUGUUGGAACAACUUUGGUUACCCCUGCUCUGCUCCUACAAAAAUACCCAAGUUUUCUAUUAUUUGAGUAAAUAGGUCGGAAAAGUAUUGAAUACAGGAUAAUGAUCAUAUGUCCGAGUUCUGAUUUGCAUGACUUUACUUAUGUUAAUACUGGUGUGCACUUUGUACUUGUCAUUUCGAAACUUUGAUCAGACUUGGUUACAAAAUUUGGUUCAAGCCCCUGUCAGGUUUGGCCAACCAAAGCCAAUAUCUUCUAUGCUUUUUACUUGUUUCAGAUGGUUUAGUGGAGAUUAUUUUCAUUUACUAGAAAAUCAAAAUUCCCAGGACAUAUUUGCUUGGUGCCGAAUAAUAACUUGUAGGUCAAUGUAGUAGUAUGGGUAUAACCCGUCCCUUCCUCGCCUAUGUUCCAAAAAAUUUAGCUCUGUUGUGUUAGUAAUGAGUUAUAUGUUGAAUUUGAAUACAUUGUAAAAUACUAAAGAAGUUAACCUUUAAAUUUUAACUUCUAAUCAUAAUUGAAUGAUCUUUUUUCUUAA